AUGCGAGAACUGAGGGCAGAGGAGGAGGAAGACAGUGAGGACGAUCAGGAGCCUGGGACGCCUGCAGAAUCUGGCUCUGAGGAUGAAUUGGAGGCGAAUGGACAAGCUGUGUCCCCAUCCUUCGGGGGGCCAGGCCUGGAUGGCCACGAAGCCUCUGGGGCCUCAGAAGAGAGCGAUGAUGACCUCGGUGAAGCGAGGGAAUCUGAUGGAGGGCAGGGGGUUCAACACCAGACACAAAAUUCGAUGUGGGCAGGGGCGGAAUCAGAGGAGGAAGACGAUGAAGAGCUUGAUGUCAUCAUCGACGAGCAGCAGGGCCAGGAAGACGACGUGGUUGGCACCAACCAGACCUUGACCCCCACAGAGCAGGAGCUCCCCACAUACGGCCGGGUGCGCCAUGGCAGAACCCCCCGCAGUCCGGAGGGGAGCGAAGAAGAUGUGGAGCCACCCCCCAGGCUGCGGAGAAGGCGCAGGGGCUGA